AGCCCAGUUGGUUCGCAUCCAUAAGAGGAAAGAAUAUGUAAAUAUGAGUUCUAAGCAAACCAAUCCAAAGUAAGGGGUAUAGCUUCAUUCUCCGUACGUUAGGAGAGAGGCGGGAUAAUAUCCUAGCUCUUCCAAUGGUUGAGGUCGAUCUCUCUUUGCCCGGAGGCGGGUCAAGAAUUUUCCAAUGAGAUGCGAAAUUGUAGAUUCAAACUGACAGCCAAAGGGAAGGCUGCUUAUGUUUGGGGCUUUAAGCAGCUCGGGGAGCGGGGGAAGCAUCCGCCAAUUGGGAAGUGCUGAUGGGAAUCCGGGAGAUUCAGAUCUACAUGUUCAUUCAGUGAGUAACUGAGAAACUGAGAAAAGAUUUAAGAGCCCUAAAAGUUGGGAAUAGUUACGAGAGGCCUUUGCGGGUUAAGCACACGAGGGAUUAAUAAUAGGGGAUUGUGUCGAAAGAGGGAUAAUUAAUAAAGAGAAAUAAUCGAGAGCUUGCAGAAAACUCCUGUCGAAUCCCGAUGGGCUGAUAUUGAGUGUUUUAUAUUGCCUGCAAUUAAAUCCAGCCUGACCUCCAGAAGCUCAAACCAGCCAACGUAGCAUUGCACCCUCCUCCCGUUUUAUCCUCGCCACAGCCCUGUGAGGCCACAUGGAAAGAAGGUUUAGCGAGUUGGACUAAUUCGGGGUGAUCAUUUCAUGGCAGAAAUUGAACUUGCCUCUUGCUGGCUCAUUCAUUCUGGUUAGGAAGAAAAAAAAGGGGGGGGGAGAGAGGCUGAGUUGCAACUCAGCAUCGGUAUUUAUGUAUAUCGCAUUAAACGGAAUCGGUGGUCACAGAUUUCCUGAGAAAACAGGAGCAACAAAGUCCUGCGAGUAAGGGGUGAGAAGAGAGAAGGACUGAUUUCCACCCAGAAAGCAAACACCUUAUCCGACCUACUGAAAGAAGCCAAGGGACAUGCUGGAGCCCCCACUAAUGCAGACUGACCUUAGUAUGUCUGCCGGCAGUUGGAGUUUUGCAGAUCGAUGUGUGUCUCUGUUGUUCUGCAAGUUCUGUCAACAAGUGCUUAGUUCACGGGGCAUGAAAGCCGUGCUUCUGGCUGAUACAGAGACCGACCUCUAUUCCACAGACAUGCCUCCCAUCAGUACAGUUGACUUCAUUGGAAACUGCUAUUACACAGAGAUGUGCAAAUGUAAACUGAUGAAUGUUGCUUGUUUGAAAUGCGGUAAUGUUGUAGGCUACCAUGUGAUUGCUCCAUGCAAACCUUGUUUAUUCUCUUGCAACAAUGGACACUUCUGGAUGUUUCACAGUAAAGCCGUUUUUGGAAUUGACAGAUUUGAUUCAUCUGGUACAGAUUUCUUGCUUUGGGGCAACUUACCAGAUUUACAUGAAAGCACCAAUGAAGAUAUACCCAGCACCUCUGAGGAGGAAUAUAUCAGAUAAAUAUUAUGUGCACUGCAUCGCAUGAUGUGUUUCUUGUAUUUAAAAGAAGUAUAAUGCACUGAUCCCAGGAAGACAAUACAAAAGGAAGGGAAAAAAUCCUUUAAAGGCUGAUGUUGUUGUUGUUAAUUGCGAAGUCGUGUCCGACCCAUCACGACCCCAUGGACAAUGUUUCUCCAGGUCUUCCUGUCUUCUACCAUCUUC